GUCCUUCUGAAGUCAAUGAAUGACUUUACCCUGGUUAAUAACCUGGUUAUAUUCCAAGACACUGCAUUCAGUGUGAAAGGAGAGGGAAGAGAAGCCUGAUAGGCCCUUAUACCGCUGUAGUCCUGUUGUUCCGGACUAGAUGUAAUAAUCUGAGAUGAGGGAGGUGUGAUCGCCUGCAGGCAGGCGGUCUGACUCUUGCAGUGGUGCCGGGGUUGUGGAAGAGGACUGAGGAUAGGGAUAGUUUCCUCCCUUUUGUCGGGUUGUUAAGAGCUUCCUCUGUUCUCUCCAGGAGCUUUAAGGAAUUCUGACUUCUUUGUCGCAGCAGAAAUCAGCAGCUGCGUCUGUAGCAGGGUCUGGAGAUUUGCUCCAUGCACUCCCCUCUCUCAGUGUAAAGGCGUGCCUCCUGCCCUCCCCGCAAUGCUUGUUCGUCUUGCAUCUGGCCCCAGUCCUGGUGGGAUUGUCUGGGGUGGCUUUCCUGCUCCCACUGUACUUGCUCUGUGCAUGUGCGCUCAGGGACACCACCGGGAUCUGCCCCUUAGUCUUCCCUGAGUCUUGGUCUCUGAGGUUUAGGUGGGUGCGUGAGGUUUUUCUGCAGCCACACAGCAGUUCUGUCUGUGUUUCUCCCUGAGCCAAACACGCAGAACCAGGUCACCCGAGUUUACAGUCCAAGAGCAAGGCUACGUCACCCAAGUGCAGCUCUGCCUAGGUUCUAGUGCCGCCCAUGAAAGUCUGCAGAUCUGGGAGAUGAUGUUGAAGGUCACCACCAGUGCGCAAUAUGGUAUUGCUAUCUUGGGAAAUUCACCAUCACCAGGUUCAUAUUUGGUGUGCUUUCUGCAUUGCUGCCUUUUGUCCUUGUGUGUGUGUGUGUGUUUAUGCGUGCUUGCUACUGAAAACCAGCCUCUGCGGCCUUGGGAGUAUAACUCCGUUUAUUUUCCAGUGUCAGACAUAAAGUAAAAGAUAUAAAGGCUAACAGUGAGAAAACAGCUGUGUAGAUAAGCCCCCUUUUUUCCUGCGCUCAUUCCUUUCGAAGAGUCGUCCUGAUGUGGUAAGUGGGUUUUCAGUUCUUCUCCCCGAUCUUGUUAAGGGCUUUCCUCCCAGUGCUUUCAAAGGGAGACCCAGAAACCAGGCCGUGAAUUCUUCCUGUCGCUGCAGCUGCUGAAAACCAUCCAGUGCAUCAUGGGAAGGGUGAUCUGGACAGGGCUUUGUGGGAAUCUGGAGAGUUCUCCAUCGGGGGCAGCUGGUGCAGUCCAUGCCCAUGUUGAUUUCUUUUCCAUUUGAAAGACCUUUUCCACACCUGUACAACUGGGAUGAGAACAGUGGAACUGGGCAGCAGCUGUCCUGUGUACACUUGCCUGCUCCACUGCUUCAGUGUUAAAACAUUUUAUAUCGUUUUUUGUGUGUGCCAAAAACCAGCCCAGACAGUCCUGUGUACACUGGGGAGUCUUGGGAGUGCUUAGAGCAGAUUCCUCCAGGCACAGCAUAACAGUCAUGUCUGCCUCAGGCCUCUGCUGCUUUUCACCCCUGUGCUGAUGCUGGUUCUGUGUUUUUUUGUGUGAACCUAUAUACAGUGUGGAUUUCUGUUACAUUUCCCUUGAAUUCCUUAAUGCUCUCUGCUGGUCUCCCUUAUCCUAUAUCCUAUCCCAGAUCCUAUAGUUCCCUACUUAACACAACUAAAACCGCAACCUCAUUCUCUUCCUGAUCCUGGGUACUGAAAUUGCACACGUUCCGAGCUUCUCUCGGUUAGGGACUGUCGUGUUAUGUCUUCACAAGGGGGCUGUGUUAAGGUAGCGUGGUGUAAUUCUGGUCAUUCUGUGGUAAGCUGAUGAUGUCAACAAGGACUGUGUCACUAAUGUUGGUGGGUGGCAGGGGGGUGAGAUGUAUGACGUAAGAACUUGUAACAUGAUCACAGGUGGGUCAGAUCUUUGUGGAUUGAAACCAGGUAUUGUAUAAUUCACUUCAAAAGCUCUUAGGAGUCCUUAGAAGUUUCUCUGAUUCUGUCAUAGCAAGAGCUGCUUCGUCAGGAAACUUGUAAAUCAUGCUGAUGGCGUGCAGGUCUCCACUGAAAGACUGUGGCCAGGAAGCUGUUAUAGGUUUCCUAGGCACGUUCUUACAUGUUUUCCUGCUCCAUGCCCAUCCACAGAGGGGUUUGUCUUGCUUUUCCUGUGCUCACCUGGCCUUCAACCAAGGUGUGCAUGUGGAAGUGUGCCUUGAGUGUUGUGGCUGUGUUUUUAUAUGUCUCUCCUCCCUCUGCUGUGCGGACAGCCCCCUACACGUGAGCCACAGGCCCUUGCUGACGGAGGCCAUUGUCCUGGAGGGCUUGGACAGCACCCCGCUGUCGCCCCUCAAUCCUGUGGACCUCUGCAGCGCGCUGCUGGACGACUGCAUGCCUGGCGGGCCAGAGGAGAGUGCCAGCGAGAGGGCCGAGCUGACCGAUGCCCUGGACGCGAUCGACUCCAGCCAGCCGCAGGUCCCCUCCUCCCCCGACGCCUCGCGCCCCAGCCUGGAUCUGCUCCGAGAGCUCUUCAGCCCCACGUCCUUCCUGAGCUCGGCCUACCUGGACGCAGAGGAAGAGCAGCUCCUCAAGAGAUGCUCUGAGAGCGCAGAGGAGGACCGUGGUCACUCGCAGCCGCAGAAGAUCAAAGCGGAGAUGGUGCAGUACGGAGCCCCGCAGGAGGGCUGCGAGGAGGAGGACAUUCUGCCCACACUGCUGCAGCUGGCACAGGAGGUGUCCAACACUGGCCCCUGCCCUGGCGAGCUGACGCCGGGCCCCGCGCCCCCCGCGCCCGGCCUGGCGUGCAGCUGAACGGGCUGGCUGGAGCAUGAGAGAAGAGCGCUGGCGUCGUACAGUCGAUUCUCCGCCCGCUGUCUCCCUCGCUGCUCACUGCUCACCGCACAGGCAGAGGUGUCUAGUGAGCAGAAAGGACUAAAAACGGUAGGGGUCUGGGAGCUGGUGUUGGGAUCGUAUCUGUCAUCAUGUGCACGGUUUUCUGCCCUGAGAAAUGCUCUAUCCUGCCCUCCAGUGGUAGGAAGGAGUGGAACAGCCCUCUGGUUGUGUUGCAAAGACGUCGCCCCCUCAUGGGAAUUCUGUGAAAGUGCAUGUACUGUAGGCACUCCCCCCCCCCCAAAAAAAAUGGAUGGACAGUAUGUCCAUUUUCUAACAAUGUGUCUCUCUGCUGGUUCUGGAGAGCCCUGAGGGUUAAAGGCCUGAAAACAGCUGUGAUUUUGACCAGUGAAGUUGCACAUUAAUUCAGCUCCUGCUGUUCUUCAGGCUCAGGACUAAUACUGACUAAUAAUACUUUAGUACUUUAGUAAUAUAUGUGCUCUUUGAGGUUAACCAACCAGAAUUGCUGUUUUGCUAUAUGGCCAUCUAGUGGUAGUUCUGGGGAAUUGCAUGUUGCUAAAGUCCUCCCGGGUCGAGCCUGUAGUGUGCAGCAGUCCCCCUUGUGGACAUGCUUAGGAAUUACAUGCCGGUUGUCUCUACUGUGUGUCAGUAAAAAAAAGUAAAAAGUAAAAAAAUUGACUGUAUCUGGGAAAUGUAGCGCUCUUCUCCCUCUUGGCUUUCUCAGUGGUACUGUGAAAAUGGUAGAUCUGGUAUGUUCUGAACAUGUGGUGUGAACUAGAAGGAAUUCGUGAUAUUGGCCAGCAGAGAGGCAUUUUGAGGGUUUCAGUGCUAGAGCUCCUUAGCAUGUCUUAGGGGAGAAAAAUCACACAAAAUGAGUGGUGUCCAGAAAUCGUGUGACCCUGCGACAUUAUUCUGUACAAUGUGUUGGUGGUGGUGGGGAGGGGGGUCAGGGGAGAGGAAAAGGGGUGUCUAGGACGUUCAGGUCUGGCCCUUGGAGUCUCCCCGUGGGGCGUACAGGUGUUGCUCUGAAGUGCCAUUACUGCACACAGGCUGCUGUGUGGUAAAUCCUGCCAGUUCUGGGCAACCUUGUUCCUUUUCCUGGGCUGCUGAGGGGCUCUUAACUUCAUGGGUGUGUCUUUGGCUCCCAGGGCAAUCUGUCCUUGUGUUGAAUGUGUCCCUACACAUGCUGCUAUGCAAACAUCUGAGACACCGUCUACAGGAAACUGCAACACGCUUAGGUUAACUGAGCAAUGCAAAUAUGCUUGAAGCCCUUGCGAUCAUUCUCUAUUACAACAGCUUUGAUAUUAAUGCCAAUUCUGUUGAUUCUUUGGGAGAAAAGAUUACAAUCUUGUCAUUUAGGAAUCUUUAAUGCGCAUUUAUCAGAAGCUCCCAAAACCUGACCUCACCAGCUGAAUUGAACCCACACGCGAGUGGUGAAUGAGUGUAGUGACCCCCGAGUCAUCUCAUUCACCCGACAGGGCUGAUUGAAUCCUUGUCAGGUGUUCCUCCCCGUGCCUCCAUAAAGAUAAAAGCUACUGUUGGCUUAGAACAAGCUGACUCGCAUGUCAGGAGAGAGUCAACAUUGAGUUGUGUCUGUGCAGCGCAGGCGAAGGGAGUGUGCACAGUGUCCGAGAUGUUUGUGUAGCAGCAGGGUUGUAUGCAGGUAUGGUCUGUGACCUGCCAGCUAACUGGAGCCAAGCACAGCUGCAAACCUUGCUGACAAAGGCCAGAUGUUCUUGGCAGCCAUUUAGCAGUCCAGCUGUUUGUUUAGCCUGGUGACCAAGAGGAGAAAAGACUGUAAUUUGACACUAAAAAGAUGUAAUAAAAACAUUUAGUUUUGUUUUGUUAAUAGCACUUUCACCCAAGUGUGAUGUCUAGCAUCAUCUGAUGUUUUGUUCAGUUUGUGUUUGUGAUCCUUUGUGUGUGAGGGUGUAGCUCACUCUUAAGUGUUAUUCCACUGUUUGUGACUGCUGCUGGCUUUUGUAGGCAUUUGGCUACUGACCGUUCUGUACAGCACACAUUGCACUUAAGAAAUAUCUUGUAUUUUAUUAAACAAAAACUUUUGGAAAUA